AUGGCCCUCGUCGCCGGCCUAUGGGCCUUCGGGGUGAAGGGGCCCGGCUGGCUCCUGCGCCGCGCGUGGACCCUGCACGCUGCUGGCUUCUGCAGCCGGGGGCUGGCGGCAACCGGGCCGCCAGAGUCCGAGCCGCGGCUCACCAGCGCGCGGCAGCGGGACGGCAUCAGGAAUAUUGUCUUGAGCAAUCCAAAGAAGAGGAAUGCACUGUCACUUGAAAUGCUGAAAUCUCUCCAAAAUGACAUUCUUCAUGAAGCUGAAAGCAAAGAUCUGAAAGUCAUUAUCAUUUCAGCUGAGGGCCCUGUGUUUUCCUCUGGUCAUGAUUUAAGGGAAUUAACAGAAGAGCAAGGCCAUGAUCAUCACGUGGAAGUGUUUCGGAUCUGUUCUGAGGUCAUGAUGCUGAUCCGGAACCACCCGGUCCCCAUCAUUGCCAUGAUCAAUGGCUUGGCCACAGCGGCCGGUUGUCAGCUGGUUGCCAGCUGCGACAUUGCCGUGGCCAGCGACAAGUCCUCUUUCGCCACUCCAGGGGUGAACGUGGGGCUCUUCUGCUCCACCCCUGGGGUCGCCUUGGGGAGAGCAGUGCCCAGAAAGGUCGCCUUGGAGAUGCUUUGCACUGGGGAGCCCAUCUCUGCUCAGCAGGCCUUGCUCCAUGGGCUGCUCAGCAAAGUCGUGCCAGAAGAGCAGCUGGAGGAAGAGACCAUGCGAAUAGCCAGGAAGAUCGCCUCCUUGAGCCGCCCCGUGAUGUCUCUGGGCAAGGCCAUGUUCUACAAGCAGCUGACCCAGGAUCUUGGUACAGCCUACCACCUCACCUCCCAGGCCAUGGUGGACAACCUGGCCCUGGGGGAUGCACAGGAGGGAAUCAAGGCCUUUAUCCAGAAAAGAAAACCCACCUGGACACACUGA